UUGAUCCUUGUAACAUGCGUUUCUCUCCGAAUAAUUUGGUGUGUCACUCGUGUUCCUGUCGAUUUUUAUUAAAGGCCAAACGUGAUGUGAUUUUUGUAGAAUCAACACGGUGGGAAACGGCUAUGCGAGUUAGCUGAAGAGGGCUUAACCGUUUAAUUAUUUUAUAUAGCAACAAAUAUCCAAGCAGAACCUGUCUAAAGUUUAGACGAUCAUGACAUCAAGGCUAGACAGACUCUUCAUAUUACUGGAGACAGGGACAAAUGCAGUAACAAAAAGGGCUGCUGCGCUGCAAUUGGGAGAAGCACAGAGGCUACACCCACAUGAAUUGCAUCACUUAUUAGCUAGAGUCUCGACAUUACUAAAGUCACCACAAUGGGAUACCAGGGUUUCUGCUGCACAUGCUGUCCAAGCGAUACUAGCGCAAGUCCCACCUUGGGAUCCACAGCCAUGCAAGCAUGCAUCUAACGCAGAGAAAAACGUAGCACAGCGCAAAGCAACUAAUUACAGAUUGAGUUUGGAAGAUUUCGAUAUGAGUCGCAUACUCGCUCGUAGUACACAUCUCACUGGUUCAGAAGGCAGUGAAUAUGAUCUAGUAGUUUCAGAGGGUGGUGAGCAAUCUGCACCCCAACAGUCGGAAAAGAUUAUUGCGGCCAAACUCGGUUUACAUCCCCAGUUAAUGGGGAUUGAUACUGCUGAAUUAUUUACUGCAGAUGACUUGACUCCCGUCGUACCAAUACCGCCUAGUAACAAAUCACCAGAUAAAGUGUCCGUGGAUGAGACUCUCCAUGAAUCUGGUGGAUUGAGUAGCCGAGAAAUGAAUAGAGCACGACGCAAAGCACGACAGUCCGUAUCUAAACAGAGAUCUCGGGAGCCAGAUGAUGCUCAGGAACACAGUUCAAAUCGACCAAAAAAUCAAAUACAAAGUAGCGGUGUUGAAGAACCAAUUGCGAAAAAAAUAAAGGCGGACGAGGUCACCUCACCAGAAGUUACGUGGAGUUGCGGUCCAUCAAGUGAACCCAGUAAUAGUGUUCCAGACGGGACAGGGUGUUGGCCGGAUUCUACAAUCGACUGGCCGUUGGAGUCCUUUGCUGAGACUCUUUGUCAGGAUCUCUUCAGUCAAAAGUGGGAAAUACGUCAUGGUGCCGCGACAGCACUACGGGAACUAGUACGCCUGCACGGGAAAGGAGCUGGAAAAUCAAGGGAUCAAACCGUAGAAGAAAUGGAGGAAAGUCACCGGCGGUGGAUAGUUGAUGCUGCACUGCGUUUACUAUGUGUUUUGGGACUUGAUAGAUUUGGAGAUUUCGUAUCGGAUCAAGUAGUAGCACCAGUGCGCGAGACUUGUGCACAGGCCUUGGGUACUCUGUUGCGACUGAUGCCGAACGACGAUGCUGUUAUGGGAGUGCUGGCCGUAAUGCUAAAACUUCUGGAACAUGACGAAUGGGAAGCAAGACAUGGAGCUUUGCUGGCCCUGAAGUAUCUACUGGCUGUGCGCGAUGAUCUUCUCGACGAAAUAUUACCAAAAGCAUUUCCCGCGGCAAUGCGAGGACUCGCUGAUCCGGUAGACGAUGUCGGCGCUGCGGCAGCAAGCGCUCUCAUACCGGUUGCCUCUUUUUUACCCAAUCUUCUUGACUCCACCCAACUCGAGGCUGUCAUAUUACGUUUGUGGGAGCUACUGCGUGAACAAGAUGAUCUAGCUGCUGCUUGUAAUAGUUUCAUGGGACUUUUAGCUGCUGUGCUGUCGCUACCUGCAGCACGCGCCUGCUUGGCACCGCAACCUCUGUAUCAGGUAUUACCACGACUGUGGCCAUUCCUCGGUCAUUCAAGCUCAAGUGUGCGAAAGGCCACAUUACAGACUCUGCAAACCCUAACGGGAGAGGAUGAAGAGCAUAACAAGGACAGAAAAAAACGUUGGGGCGAAGGAGGCAGCGUUGUUCUGCAAGAAGCCCUGCGACAAGUGUUUCAGAGAGUGUUGAUAGAGCAUGUCGCGGCUAUUCAAGAAGUUGCUGAACGUGUCUGGGAGAAUCUGCUUGUGCAUAGCGAUUUAGAAUUACUUCUACACGCAGCCUGUCCUUUAGUGAGCACCUGGUUGUGCUUUGCUAUGCAACCAGAACACGCGCCGUUUAAUCCUGCGCUAUUGACUGCCAUAGUGGCGCAGCCCAACACCAGAGGAGCAAAAACUGGUCAGUCUGUCGGAAACGGUGAUGGACAAUCCGAUUCUGGAAGUAAUAGCAAUGCCAGCGGGAGCGCAAAGUCAACUUCUGAAUUUAAAGUCUAUAUUGGUGGAAUCGAGACUGUAGCUCAAAGCACUAGACAUUCUAACGUGGUGCGAGCACGCUGUAUGGCUGCCAGAAUGCUCGGCUUGCUUUCACGCUACGUUGUACAACCAGCACCUGGUGUAAUUUACACACCUGAUAUACCUAGUCCCGCUCUGUGUUAUGCUAAAGUGCUUCUGGCACAUUUAACAUCGAGAUCGGCCCUUCAGCGCACUAUUGUUGGUCUUACUAUGGCUCACUGGGCUGCUCUUGAGCAUCCUAAUCCACCUGCAAUACCAAAUAUUCUCAGGGAUAAACUGUUAGGUUGCCUAAACGAAUGUGUGUAUUACGACGAAAUAGCAGGAUCUUUUACUAGAUUAUUACACGAUAGCCGAGAUUACAUCGCUACGUUGAAGCAUUACAAAUUGCCCCUUCCCGUGGAUGUCGAUACAACCAUCGGAGUUAUGACACUUGAGCAGAUAGCUACUCUGGCCGGGAAGGCAAUUCCUGGUGCGUCGAUUGUUAAUAAUUCCGGCGGAGCUCCUGGAACGACUGGAGGCGGUAGUAACGGUAACCCAGUAAUUGUCAAGUUAAAACCAAAGCUGAUAGAAAGUCUCGAGGAACGGAGACGUGCCCUAGAAAUUGGGGCAGCUGCAACGGCGGCGCAACAGCAAAGCUUACAUGUGAUGUCAAUGGCGGCACUGGCCGGUGCCGCUACUAUGCUACACUGCCUGCCAGAAUUUCCACAGCCAUUGAAUCCUCUGGUUAAACCAUUAAUGGAAGCCAUCAAGCGCGAGGAAGACGAAGAGUUGCAGAAAUUGGCUGCAAAACAUUUAGCUCAUCUUGUAGAUCUCUGUGCAGAUCGUCAACCCUCCCCUAAUCCGAAGAUUGCAACAAAUUUAUGCACAUUUUUGUGCUCGGACGUAGAGUUCACGCCACGUGUACAGGGAACAGAUUCCAAUCCUUUCAACGGUAUCCUUACUCUAAAUAAUCGUCAACGUUACGUCGAAAGAGUGGCUUACAAUCGUGGAGCAGGAAGUGGCAUCGGUGGUGGUAGAGGUCCAGGAAGACCUCCAGCUACCGAUAUUCCUCUGGAAGAAUUAUUAGCCUGCGAGGAACCGGAGGCUAAAGCUUGCAGAACACGUCGUCGAGGAGCAACUUUGGCUCUUACAGCUAUAGCUACUUUGUUGGGAGCCCAGUUACCGACACGUCUGCCGCAUCUCUGGGAAUUACUAUUUCCAACGGUAUUGCGUAAAAGUGGCGCGGAUAAGGAUGAUACUUCUCGCGAGGACUGUCAGGACGAAGCAAAUCAGCUAGUCUUUGGAUUGCAAGUCUUGGAAAUCGUCACACCUAGUCUACAUGGUACCCUUCUGCCUCCUGCACUGGAGUGUUUGCCCAGGCUCUGUGCGCUACUCGCUCAUCCUUACAAGGCUGUUAGACACAUGUCUGCAAGAUGCAUUGCAGUGCUGGCCACCCUUGAAACAGAGCAGACUAUGGCACACGUAGUGCGCAGUGUCAUUCCCCUUCUGGAGACCAGCAGUGCUAAAGAUUCAGGCAGUUCCACGAUAGCAGCGCCUAACGAAGUCGAUGCUAGACGACAGGGUGCUGCGGAGGCCUUGACGUGUCUUGUGGAAAGUCUAGGUGUCAAAGUCGUACCGUAUGCCGUUUUGUUCAUGGUGCCGUUGUUGGGACGGAUGAGUGAUCAGAAUCAAGCGGUGAGACUCGCGUGCAGUUCCACAUUUGCAACUCUCGUGCAACUGCUGCCACUUGACCCUGGUGGGAUUGGAGAUCCUCCACAUCUUGUUGAGGAGAAGACACAGGAGAGACGCUUCCUGGAACAACUACUUAAUCCAAGUAGCAUUCCUGACACGGAACUCACUGUUCCUGUGGCUGCCGAAUUGCGGGCCUAUCAACGUCAGGGUUUAAACUGGCUGGACUUUCUCAAUCGGUAUCAACUCCACGGUGUUCUCUGUGAUGAUAUGGGAUUGGGAAAAACUCUGCAAACUCUCUGUAUCCUCGCUCUGGAUCAUCAUCGAAAUCCGCAAGCGCCAGCAAGCUUGGUAGUCUGUCCACCUACUCUGACCGGUCACUGGGUUUACGAAGCAAAGAAAUUCCUGCAGAAGCGCGAUCUCUCGGUGCUUCACUAUUUCGGUAAUCCGUUGGAACGCGAAAAAUUUCGAUCAAGAGUAGCGCAACAUAGACUCGUAGUUACCAGCUACGACAUUAUUCGCAAGGAUGUAGAAUUCUUCGAAGCUGUACAAUGGAAUUAUUGCGUCCUGGAUGAGGGCCACGUUAUUAAGAAUGGAAAGACAAAGAGCGCUAAAGCUGUCAAAAGACUUCACGCGCACCAUAGGCUCAUCCUUUCGGGAACACCUGUGCAGAAUGACGUUCUUGAACUUUGGUCCUUAUUCGAUUUCCUCAUGCCAGGAUUUCUUAGUAGUGAGAAACAGUUUGCAGCAAAAUACUCACGACCCAUAUUAGCCUGCAGAGAACCCAAAGCAGGACCCAAGGAGCAGGAAGCCGGAGCACUUGCGAUGGAAGCUCUACACAGACAGGUAUUACCUUUCUUACUGAGACGCAACAAGGAAGAUGUAUUACAAGAUCUACCACCGAAAAUUACUCAAGAUUAUUACUGCGACCUGUCACCACUGCAGCGUCGUCUGUACGAAGAUUUUCGUACGCGACAUUCGGCUGCUCUUCAGCCACUAUAUUCUUCGUCCACUACAUCCACGCCAUCCUCUACGAGUAAUCCACGAGGAGGUCACGUCUUUGAAGCAUUGCGAUACAUACGUAACGUAUGCAAUCAUCCUAAGCUGGUACUCAGUCCGCGUCAUCCCCAAUAUCAGCAGGUUUGUGCUCUCCUGAAGCAGCAGCAAAGCACAUUGGAGAAUAUAGAGCACGGUGCAAAGCUGCCCGCUCUUAAGCAGCUUUUACUGGACUGUGGUAUCGGCCAACCCCAGCCGCAACAACAGUUAAACAAAAAUUUGACUUCUGCCGUUGUUGGGACCGAUGGCCAACAGCAGCAGCAACAACUAGUGAGCCAGCAUCGUGCUUUGAUAUUCUGUCAGUUAAAGGCGAUGUUGGACAUCGUGGAAAACGAUCUGCUGCGUACUCAUCUACCAACAGUGACUUACCUUCGACUAGACGGAAGCAUACCGUCUACACAGAGACACUCGGUCGUUGCACGCUUUAACGCCGAUCCAUCUAUAGACGUUUUGCUGCUGACCACUCAGGUCGGUGGUUUGGGUUUGAAUCUAACAGGAGCCGAUACUGUCAUAUUCGUUGAGCAUGACUGGAAUCCGAUGAAGGAUCUACAGGCAAUGGACAGAGCUCAUCGUAUCGGCCAGAAGAAGGUGGUGAAUGUCUAUCGCCUUAUAACAAGAUCUACCGUCGAGGAGAAGAUUAUGGGAUUGCAAAAGUUCAAACUUCUCACUGCAAAUACCGUCAUUUCUACUGAGAAUGCUUCUUUGGAGACUAUGGGCACUGAGCAGCUAUUCGACCUGUUCUCCUUGGACAAUGGAAAAAAAACAGAGUGUCAAGAAGACACUGGUUCACAAAAAGUCGUCGGGGUUUCCGGUGUAAGUCGAUCCGUACUUGAAAUCCUGCCAGAACUCUGGGAGCAGCAGCAAUAUGACGAUGAGUACGACUUAGAUUCGUUUUUGUUGACGUUGAAGGCUGAUGCUUAAUAAGAUUAAAAUACCCUAAGAUGUAUAGAGUCUUCGAACCAUUGUAAAUUAAGAUUAAUGAUUUAUUUAAGAUUAUAAGCACACACUCAAAAAGUUUUGCGGAAAUGAAAUAUUCUCUGUGCGGGAAAGGAACGGUUUUGUCCAUGUUGUACAGCAAGAUUCAUCUGUAGUGGAUUUUUGUGAGAAAAGAUAUGAAAGUUCAUAUUGAUAAGGACUUUAAAGAUGGAAAGAAAGAAAAAUGCAAAAAAGACAUGUAUAUCAUAACGAGAAAAGACUCAAAGUUAAGUAGAUUAUAUGGUGUAACGAUAAAUACCACAUAAGCGAG